GAAUGGUCAACAGUCGGGCUGCUACUGUCUGCUCGUAACCACAGCGACUUAAUCUGGACCUGGAUGCGUGCUGGAGGAACCUGUUCGCAAUAACAGCAAAUAAAACACUCGCCCGAACAUCUGCAGCGUUCAUGUCAUCGGAUAAAGAUGCUGUCGGCUUCGGUUAGCGCGCUUCACCUGGGCGACCGGAGAGUUUGGUCGAUGUGACAUUGCUUGAGCUUUUUGUUCUGGUCCCGGACGCAGAGCAGCGAUCGUGCCCGGAGAAGAUGUUGAGUCGGCUGAUGAGUGGCAGCGUCAGAAACCUGGAGCGAGAAUUCAUGUGCACGGUCAGGCUGCUGGAUGAUACGGAGUAUACCUGCACCAUUCAGAGGGAUGCCAAAGGCCAGUAUUUAUUCGACCUCAUCUGCCACCAUCUAAACCUGCUGGAGAAGGACUAUUUUGGCAUUAGAUAUGUCGAUCCGGAUAAGCAACGGCACUGGCUGGAGUUCACCAAGUCAAUUUCUAAGCAGAUGAAAUCACAACCUCCGUUCACCAUGUGUCUGCGGGUAAAGUUCUACCCCCCAGAUCCUGCUGCUCUAAAGGAGGAGAUCACCAGGUAUCUCGUCUUCCUGCAGAUCAAAAGAGAUCUGUACCACGGUCGUCUCCUCUGCAAAACGUCUGACGCGGCCAUAUUGGCAGCUUACAUCUUACAAGCUGAGAUUGGAGACUAUGACCCAGGAAAGCAUCCAGAGGGCUACAGCUCCAAGUUCCAGUUCUUCCCCAAGCACUCAGAGAAGCUGGAAAGAAGGAUUGCAGAGAUUCACAAGACAGAGUUAAUAGGUCAAACUCCAGAAACAGCUGAGCUGAAGUUCCUGCAGAAAGCACAAAUGCUUGAAACAUACGGCGUGGAUCCUCAUCCGUGCAAGGAUGUAUCUGGUAACCCGGCUUUCCUCGCCUUCACUCCGUUCGGUUUUGUCGUGCUUCAGGGGAACAAGAGAGUCCAUUUCCUCAAGUGGAACGAGGUGACCAAACUGAAGUUUGAGGGAAAGACAUUCCAUAUAUAUGCAAAUCAGAAGGAGGACAAAAAGAUCAUCUUGACAUACUUUGCACCGACUCCAGAGGCCUGCAAACAUCUUUGGAAAUGCGGUGUUGAAAACCAAGCCUUCUACAAGCUGGAGAAGUCGAGCCAGGUUCGUACGGUGUCCAGCAGUAACCUGUUCUUCAAGGGGAGUCGUUUCCGCUACAGUGGAAGAGUAGCCAAAGAGGUAAUGGAGCAGAGUGCAAAAAUUAAACGGGAACCUCCAGAAAUACACAGGGCUGGCUUGGUGCCCAGCAGAAGCUGUCCAUCCAUCACGCACGGGCCGCGGCUGAGCAGUGUCCCGCGCACCCGCCGGAGAGCCGUACACAUAUCCAUCAUGGAAGGUCUGGAAUCCUUGAGGGACAGCGCCCACUCCACUCCCGUGCGCUCCGUGUCCCACGGCGACUCCUUCAUCCCACGUUCGCGGAGCCAGGCGGUGGACUCCGGCGACGGGACGGCGGUCAUCUCCGAUGAGACCUACAGUCCCUCCGACAGCGUGCUGCCCACACCGGUGGCCGAGCACAGCCUGGAGCUGGCGGCCUCGCGCCAGAUCAACGGCGCCCCCUGCAGCAUCGAGGAGGAGAAAGAGUCGGAGGCGGGCACGCCCUCCGCGGGCGAAGUGGCCGAAUUAGGAGCGGACAGUAGGGCGGCGGGCCCAGUGCAGGGCGCAGGCAGGGAGGCCGCGCUCAGCGAGACGGAACAGGUGAAUAAGUUUGUUUUAAGUGUACUCCGUCUGCUCCUUGUGACCAUUGGACUCCUCUUUGUCUUGCUCCUCCUCCUCAUCAUCCUCACUGAGUCCGACCUUGACAUUGCAUUUUUACGUGAUAUCCGCCAGACCCCCGAGUUUGAGCAGUUCCAUUACGAAUACUUUUGUCCCCUCAGACGGUGGUUUGCCUGCAAGCUCCGCUGGGUGGGCGGGCUGCUCAUUAACAAGUGAAAAUGAGGCACUAAAGCUCGUAAAGCCUCCCUUGUUGGGGUCGAGAAGACGCUAAACACGUGGAGAGAGAGAGAGAGAGAGAGACGAGGGCAUCGACCUGUCCCAUGAACCCAGCUUCUUUCAUGACACUCCUGCUGACACACGGUGGACCACCAGGCCCACAUCUCCUCUUCUCUUCCACUUUUCGUUCGUUCUCCCCCGCCCAUUUUUACACCUUUAUUUUCGUCUUUUUUUUUUUUACAAAGACAAUUUUUGUUUUGCUUUUUCGUUUUUGUUAUUUUUGGAUUUCAGGUCAUUUCAGGUAUUUUAUUUUUACAGAAAAACAAGAAAAACACAUAAAACUUAUUUCAAAGACUUUAGAAGAAUAUAUCGUUCCUUGAAUAGGGAAUGUGAAAUAUUUUGUUGCAACAAAAGAAUGUUGCCUUCAUUUCUAUUUAUUUUAAAGUAAUACUUAUUAAAGUCUUAUUAAAGAACGUGGUGCAUUAAGUCAAGUUGGUACGGUAUAGUGGGUUCCGAAAGCAUGAGAAAGUUGAAAACCAAUGCUUUUCUGAGUUUAUGCAUAAUUCAUACCCAUCCGUCAUUUAACUCUUAGUAAAUUCUGAAGGCUGCUAUAAUUUACCACAUCAGUGAUCAGAUCAGCAGAGGGUUAUAUGUAAGAAUGUGCAAGUUAUUUUGGAAGUGAGAGCCGGGGAAAGACUGGAAAUGAUGUUAUUUGAAUAAAAUCGAUGGGUACAUUUGAGUUCUGUAUUUGGUGGCUUGAGUUUUAGGGUGUCAAAUACGUUUUAGGAAUAUAAUUGUGUUUAGGCGGUAGCAAGCUGUGAAGUAGAAUUCUUAAAAAAGGUUCUUUCCGAAAAAUUAAUUGGUAUAAAUUGUAUUCUGUCAUGUGACCCAAUAGUGUCAGUAUCUGUUAAAGUUAUCACGAUUGAUUUAAACGCAACUAGCACCCAUAGAUCCAGUUUAGCUACAGUAGAUGUGCAAUACUGUAAGGGUUUGGUUUUUAAGAAAUAAGUACAUCUUUUUUUUUUUCAUGGGUAUGUGUAUUUGCUUUAUUAUUAUUAUAAAUAUUAUUUUCCAUUCUAAAUCUUUCUUAACAGAAAGAAAUCCCAUUGUAUAAAGUAAUAGUUUUUUUUAUUCCAUAUCAACCUUGAUCUUAAGUUUGUAUUCUGUGGAUAUCAUGCUAUGAUUAUUCUUAAUUACAAUAACAAUGCUGUACUUUUUGUACAAAAAGUAGUUAGUUUCCUAAUAUAUCGACAGUUUUUUCCAUGUAUAUUUUAACAGAAACUGAAAUGUUAUUUUGUUAUUGAAAAUUAAAUUAUACCUUUUUUAGCUCUGUGUUCCAGAUGAGGUCUAGAAUCUAUGGCGUUUCUGUCAAGGGAGACACGGGAAAGAUUUUUAUCCGGAUCCACAAUCCAUUUCAGUCACGUAACCAGCAAUUUGAAAACUGUCCCUGUGUUUUGUAUAUUGGUGAAGCCCCUGCAUUCAAACAAUACUGAUGACUUUACACACAGUUUAGCCAGCAGACUGUGUGUGUGUGUGUGUGUGUGUGUGUGUGUGUGUAUGUUUAUGUGUAUGCUCAUAUUUUAAUUAAUUGAUGUUUUUGGCAAUAUGUACUGGAAGGCCGGGUUUAGUCUUUAGUAGGAUACGUCCUGAUUAGUCUAUAGUAUUUAUUUGAAGACAGAUGAUUCUUCCAGUGGCAUGUCAGUUGGACAGGGGUUUUAUUUUACCAUACAUAAUCUAUUUUAUGCCUGCCCCUUUGGAACUGCUAUUAAUGUAAUUGUUUUUGUAUUUGAGAAAGUGGAAAAAUAGAGGAAGUGAAUGCAAAAUGCAGGAGCUGCGUUAUUUUUAUGUACAUUUGAUUGGGAGACAAGUAAUAGCCAGUGGUAAUUAUGAUAAGGGGAUGCUUUAGAACUUACAUUGGUAAUUACACUUUUAUAAAUUAAAAUAACUGCAGCUUUUAAAUAACAUUAGUGUUUGACAGCUCACAAGCUUGGCUUUACUAGUACAGUUAUUUUAAAUGAACAUGCUUCAAUCCACCAGUCACAAUCUGCUGUUGUGUAUGAAGCCAUAUAUAUAAAUAAAGGGAAUUGUUACUUUUUAUCUCACAAUUGCGUGAUACAAACUUGCAAUUGGGAGUUAUAAACAAAAUUGCAGAAUAUAAACUUGUAAUUGUGAGAAAUAAAGCCAGAACUGUGGGAUAUGAACUUAAAAUUGCGAGAAAAAGUAAGAAUUGCGAGAAAUGGAUUGCAAUUCUAAGAAAAGUCAGAAUUGCCUGUUUAUGUCAUGCAAUUCUGACAUUUCUCAGAAUUGCGUAAUACAAACUCGCAAUUGCUAGAAAUAAAGUCAGAAUUGCAAGAAAUUAAGUCAGAAUUGCGUGAUAUAAAGCUAGAAUUGUGGAAUAUAAACUUGCAGCUGCAGGAUAUAAAGUUAGAAUUGUGAAAUUUAGUCGGAGUUGUAGGAUAUAAACUUGAAAUUGUGAGUUAUAGUCAGAAUUGCGUGAUACAAACUAGCAGAUGCUAGAAAUAAAUUAGAAUUGUGGAAUAUAAACUUGCAAUUGCGAAAAAUAAAGUCAGAACUGCGGGAUAAAGUCUGAAUUGCAAGAUAUCAAGUCAGAAUUGUGAGAUAUAAACUCUCAAUUGCGAGAAAUAAAGUCAGAAUUGUAAGAUAAGGUCAGAAUUGCUAGAUAUAAACUUGCAGUCGCAAGAUAUAAAGUCAGAAUUGUGAGAAAUAAACUCACAACUGUGAGAUAAAUUCAGAAUUGCGGGAUAUAAACUUGAAAAAAAUCAGAAUUUUGUGAUAAACUCGCAGUUGUGAGAUGUAAAGUCAGAACUGCAAGAAAUGAAGUCAUAAUUGUGGGAUAUAAACUCGAAAUUGCGAGUUAAAGUCAGGAUUGCACGAUACAAACUCACAGUUGCAUGAUAUAAAGCCACAAUUGCAAGAUAAGGUCAGAAUUGCUAGAUACAAACUAGCAGAUGCAAAGUAUAAAUUCAGAAUUGCGGGAUAUAAACUCGCAUUUGCAGGAUAUAAAGUCAGAAUUGUGAGAUACAAACUCGAAAUUGCAAGUUAAAGUCAGAAUUGCGCAAUACAAACUCAGUGGCAUGAUAUAAAGUCAGAAUUGCUAGAUUCAAACUAGUAGAUGCAAGAUAUAAAUUCAGAAUUGCAGGAUAUAAACUUGAAAUUCUGAGAAAUAAAGUUAGAAUUGCGAUCUACAAACUUAUAGUUGCGAGAAAUAAAGUCAGAACUUCAAGAUAAAAAAAGAAUUGCUAGACAAAGUCAGAACUGCGUGAUACAAACUCCCGGUUGCAAGAUAUCAAGUCAGAAUUGUGAAAUAUAAACUCGCAAUUACAAGAUUAAAGUCAGAAUUGUGGGAUAUAAACUCAAAAUCAGAAUUGCAUGAUGCAAAUGCGAGAAUUGUAAGAUUUAAAUUCAGAAUUUUAGGAUAUGAAUUCGAAAUUGCAAGAAAUAGAAUUGAGAGAUAAAAUCAGAAUUGCGCGAUACAAUUGACUAUAUCUCGCAAUUCUGACUUUAUUUCUUGCAAUUGCGAGUUUAUAUCACAAUUCUGACUUUAUACCUUGGAAUUGCAAGUUUGUAUUAUGCAGUUCUGAGAAGAAAGAAAGAAUUGCGAGAGAAUUGCGUAAUAGAAACUCCUAUUCACGAGUUAUAAAGUCAGAACGGUGGGAUAAAGUCAGAAUUACGUGAUACUUGCAAUUGCAAGAUGAUAUAAUGUUGGAAUUGCGAGAGAAGACUUUAUAUCUCACAAUUCUGAGAGAGGAGAGAGAAAAAAAAAAAAAAAAAAAAAAAAAAACAACAUGGUGAGUUUGUAUCGCACAAUUCUGAUUUCAGAAUGAAGUCAAAAUGGCAAGAUAAAAUUUUUUUUUUUUUUUUUAUUUAGUGGCCGAAAUGGCCUUCCAUAAAAAUCACUAUGGUGCUAGUGAACAAAUUGUCACAAUGGCUGAGAUGCGUUUUAGGAAGCGGCUGGCUGUAACAGUAAUAAGUGUGACUACUCGAAUGGUGCAGUCGGGUCACACGCCUUUGUAAUCAUUACGUAGAACUGCCGUCUUCCACCAACUACAGGAACUGAAAGCAGUUAUAGCUACGACAAACAUGAGGUGCAUGGAAAACCGUAGCAGACGCACAAGGAAAAGGCCUUUGGAGUUAUGCAUGUCUCUUAUCUUGACAAGUACUCAUGCAUGCAUUUAUAACAUCUCUGAUGUGCCAAAUUAUAACAGCGUCAUGGUGGAAUAAGUCCAUUUAUAUUUUUGUAAAAUCUGAUGACAGUAAAAUAAUACAACAGUGUUGCUCUGAUGGGUACUUGCAUGCUAUUGAUGAUAAGUCUUGAUUCAGAACAUCAAAAAAUGGAUUUUGAGCAGGUUUUGAUAAAUGACAGAAUUGAAGUGGAUAAAAUUUUACUCAUUGACAGCAUUUAUGUAGCCUCAGUGGUCAGUUCUGCAUGGCAGCGCCAUUCAAUAAGCAAUAACCUGAAUUCUAGAAUCAUACGGAUGAAUCUUUUUGAUGGUUUUUGUGCUGUUGUGUAGCAAGUCAGACUACCUGAUGUUUUCUUAAGAGUUCAGAGUGAAUCCAUUUCCUUUUAAGUUAGAUGCAAAACUGCAUUUUAACUAAAAGGAUCAUUUUAUAUGAUGAUUAUUGCCAAAAUUUGCUACAUUUUAUACUCAUUGUGAGCACUCGUCAUCUUGUUUGGAUCAGUGUCCUGAUGUGCUGAAGUUUUACGCUUCUCUUUAUCCUUGAAAUCUUAUUGCACAAGUUUCAACUAGCGCGCUCCUCCUUCCUAGACCAGUAGAUCAAGGGCAAUUGCUACUACUGUCCUUGUGAGCUUCGACUUCAAACUUUUGUCUCUAGACAGUUUUCUUGUACUGUACGGAAUGGCCAGGCUUGACUGUGAUGAAUGCAAGGGUCCUAUAAAGGACAAUUGUCAGCUAAAUUGGCUCAUUUGUGUAUUCAAAUAACUGGGUUAUUUCACAAGGUCCCUCUGUGAACUUUGUACAGAAGUAUUUUUAUGCUUCUUAGUAUGCAAGUGUAAGUAUAAUGCAAGUUGAACACUUGCUAUGACUCUUAAAAUACAAAGUAGACUUUACUGUACUGUACCGUACACUGCAGAUAAAGCACUUCACUGGCUUCAAAUAUACCUUGACAGCAUAAACAAAAUGUUACAGCUUCAAGCAAACCUAUUAAAGAUGGUGGUUUUAAUGUUUUAGAUCUGGUUUACAGUUGAAAUCAUACUGAGUGGCUGCUGAUCUUUUGAGUUUUGUACCGCAUUCCAAUAAGGUCAGGAUGUCCUCCAUGUUCAUAAAAGAGAGAACCGCUCGCAUUAGACAGCAGCUGCGUGACUUCUCAGAUCGACUUGGUUAAGUUCUGCUUAAUAUUCUACCAGGGACUUUAAAUUUCUUCAUCAUUAGAAUGAACUGCUCCUUACAUGCUUGCAUCCAAAUUCCCAAAUUAUUUGGUAAAAUCUGACUUCACCUGAACCGUAGCUUUAAGAUUCACUAUGGCGCUGAGAUCAGUGGUGGCAACACGCUUCAUUUACUGUACUGUGCUUUUGUCACUUUGCCAGCUCCCAUAGUCCCCUCAACAGAUAUGCAUAUACAUGCACAUUUGUUUAUGCAUAGAUGUCCAUCUGUGGGCGUGUUUUUCUGUAAUCUCCAUCUUUUCUAUUUGGGACUGAAGGUUGCGGUUUAGUUCCUUAAUAUAUGAAUAUUGAACUAUAUACACAAUUUAUGUGCCAAAUGCAGUUCCUGUUAAGUCAGAUUCAUUCCAAAACCAUCUUUGUACUGUAGGAAACCUUCCAUGAAAAUGGUAUAAAGAAAUUGUUUCACUGAUAGUCCCUUGUAACUGGUGCCAUGGAAAUAUUCAAACUUGAAAUAAACAUUCAAAAGAGUUUGA